AAGAAACUUGCGAUGCGAUCGGGGCUCAGUUGCCGAUCGUCGUCCGCAGCCUGAAGUACUGAAGUAGCUCCCGAGAGCUCUGCGUGAAGAAGUGGCAACCUAACUAUCCCCAUAAAUUGACGGCAAUUGCCUGGAAAACCGGUAAAUUAGCGGAUAACUAGGUUUUCCCGCUGUGAUUGACUCUAACAAGGGAGUAAACAGAAUUCCCAACAAGCGAAGUGAUCUCAUACGAAAGCAUAGAAACGUGUCAGCCGAAUCCACAUCUACAGAAUGAAGCUGAGCUCGGGACUGUUUUUGAUCUGCGCCGCUUUGAUCAGCUGCACGUCGGCCACGGACGUCGGACCAUGCCCCAAAUCCAAAUCCAAGGCCCUGGGAGCCGGCGAGGUGACCAUCUCGAACUGCCCUAAGAGCAAGUGCAUCCUGAAGCGCAACACGGAGGCCAGCAUCGAGAUGAAGAUCCGGCCGGAGCGUGACUUCCAGGAGCUGACCUCCGACAUCCAGGGCAUCAUCCUGGACGUGCCCCUGCCCUUCCCCGGAUACUACGGCACCAGCGCCUGUCCGCACAUCUACGACGAGGCCGGCGAGAAGAAGGUGGGCUGCCCCCUGAAGGCCGGCCAGGUGUACACCUACAAGAACAGCUUCAAGAUCCUGCCCGUCUACCCCACCGUCAGUCUGGAGAUCCACUGGGGACUGGGCGACAAAAACGGCGAUGCGGCCUGCUUCCAAAUACCCGCCAAAAUCAAGGCUUAGAGAUAAGAAGACCACAUUCAGAAGACCAUACAAGUGCACUCAAUGUUAGCUUUUAUUAGUGGUAAAUCUAAAGAUCGUAUCUGCAUAUGCUUAGUUAGGGAUUAAGUACGGUUAAGAGAACGAAAACGAAGCCGGCCAUUAUUGCGGCAUCCAGCCAGUGACGCAAUAUGGCCAAGGGAUUCCACUGAUCUGCUCGGUAAAUCUAAUAAUAAAAAAACCACAACGUAUUCUA